AUGUCCAACCCCGCAAUUCACAAGUAUGGAACUGACGAUGGCUGGCACGGCGUGAUCCAAGAAGGCGGAGAAUUUCCCCCAGAAAAGGAUCGAUACCAUCUUUACAUCGGUCUCUUCUGCCCCUACGCCCACCGCGCAAACCUAAUCCGCCACCUUUUCAACCUCCAAGACCACCUUCCUCUCUCCAUCGUGCGCCCUUACCCAAAAGGCGAACCAGGCUGGCGUUUCGACGCCACCUAUCCCGGUAGCACCCCAGACCACCUCUUCAAUAGCCAAUUCCUGCACCAAAUCUACUUCCGCGAUGAUCCUGCUUACAAAGGUCGUUACACCGUGCCCUUAAUCUGGGAUAAAAAAGCCCAGAAGAUUGUUUGUAAUGAAAGCGCUGAAAUGGUGAAAUGGCUUCCGAGCGCCUUCUCCUCUUUAACACCGCAGCCUUCCGUUGCAACAGCGCUCUAUCCAACCGAGCUAAAAGACAAGAUUGACGAAAUAAAAUCCUGGCUCACAGACCUCAUCUGCAACGGCGUCUACAAAGCCGGUUUCGCCCCGUCCCAAGCCCCUUACGAAGAACACGUUAUUCCGCUCUUCGCCGCCCUCAACAAACUCGAGUCCUUAAUCCAUAGCAACGGCGGUCCGUAUAUCCUGGGGUCGCAAAUCACCGAGCUGGAUAUCUUUGCGUACCCGACCAUUGUACGCUUCGACUCGGUGUAUGCGCAGCAUUUCAAGACGAAUCUGGGCUUGAUUCGGCAUGAGUAUCCGGUGCUGAAUAAUUGGUUGAAGGGGUUGUAUUGGAAUGUGCCAGGGUUCAAGGAGAGUACGGAGUUUAGGCAUAUUAAGGAGAAUUACACAAAGAGUCAUGAGACUAUCAAUCCAUUGGCUAUUACGCCGUUAGGUCCGUAUCCCGAUGUCGAAGAGGAGUAUGAAGAGGAUUGGAGUAAAUUGAAGCCAGGAAGAGUUGCGCAUCCAAGGGUGCUGGAGGCGCAGAGUAAGCUGUAA